AUGGCUAUUCAGAAAGCCGAUCCGCAAAACAUCAUUGUGAUUGAAAAUACUUAUUUGAAGUCCACAAAGCUCAGAGAAAAAAUCAUGAAUGAAAGAGCUGAUAUCUCAAUGGCUUGCCAUCCUACCGCAGAAUACGCUCUGAAAGAAUUGUAUUGCACCGUUACUGACUUCCUAAUGAAGAAAUAUCCGAUGUAUUUUUUCACAAAAGAUAAUGGUACCACCUUCUAUAACAAGAUCAAAGAUGAGUCUUUUCCACUGGAUCCUACAUCGGAGGAUCGACUAGAAGUCCUCAAAUUUUUGGGACGCACCAUUGAGGAAGACUUUAUCAUUUUACUCAAAAAUGGGGACGAGGGUGAAUUUCAGAACGAGUAUGUCUGGAGAGCAGGUAUUUCCUGCUACCCAAAUGGCUUUGUUCCCGGCGAAAAAUUUAAUAAACCUUUGACUGCAAUCCAUGGUCCUGUUCCGCAAUACCUUGAGCGGCUGAAAGUUUCAAUGAACAAAUUCUUUGAGAGACUUCGCGUCAAUGAGUUUCUUGUUAGGUACAAUUGGAGUAUGCAGGCACAUACUAACAUAUUUGCUCCUUCUAUGAAUCACGGAACUCGCACAUCAUCGUCAGUCCAGCCGCUUUCUCCUGAAGAUCUCGAUUUCAACAAAGUGUUUAUGCGAGUCGAAAAACAGUGUUUUACAAGGUUACCGAGGACCAAGGCUGAUAUCAUGUUUAUCAGGACUUACACCACUCCGUUGACAAAAAUUAAAGCCGAAAAUAGGGCUGAGGACUUUUGCGGCGCCAUCGACGGUCUGUCAGAUGAUUUUGCUAUUUAUAAAAAUAAGAUUCUCUGGGGAGAUGCAGUUAAGGCAUAUCUCAAAGGUGAGUCAAGCGGUUUGACAGAAGAAGUGUACGAUUUCGAUAUCUUUGAAGCCCAACUUAAUGGUCCACUUAUGAAAAAAUAG